AUGCAUCUUUAUGUUCAUAAAAUCGUCUCUACCAUAGCUGAAGUGGCUGGAAUGGUUAGAAGUAUUCGAAGCGUAACAUUAUUAUUUGGAAAUAAAUCGUUGAAAUUGUUAACUAUUGAAAGUACUAGCACAAUAAACGAUAUAAUGUAUGGAAACGACCUUAUCGAAGAGUUUGUUCCUGGCAAGAGGCUAAACAAAGUACCUCAGGUCGUCAUCAUGAGAAAUCUUUGUAGUAUGAUAGGAACAAGGAUUGUCAGAACGCUGUUGCAAACAGGAAAAUUAGACAAUUUUAAGAUUGAGAUGGAACGUUUAAAAAUAGAUAUUUUGGGUAUAAGUGAAAUGAGAUGGAAUGGUCAAGGCAACUUUAUAUCGGGAGACUACAGUGUCAUCUACUCCGGUGGUGAUAAUGGAAGAAAUGGAGUAAGCGUUAUUCUGAAUAAAAAAUGGGCACAAUAUAUGAGAAGUCACAUUUCUUACGAUGAUAGAUUGAUAUUAAUCAAAUUAAAAUCUGUUCUUAAUGACAUUACAAUAAUACAAUCAUUUAUGCCCAUAACACAAGCGAACGAUGAAGAAGUAGAAGAGAUCUACAAAAAGAUAGAAGAACUCAUAAACCUCACAAACAGUAAGGAAAAUUGUAUCAUCGAGGGAUUAGAAUGCGAUCGUGGGUGAAAAUACAGACGACAGAGAAGUUAGUAAAUACGGACUCGGGACAAGGAAUGAAAGAGGUGACUGUCUUGUCGAAUUCUGCCGAUAAGGUGAUUUAGUUAUAACCAUUACUUUAUUCAUGUAUCACAAAAGAAAACGUUAUGCGUAUAAAAAGCCUAGUGAUAUUAAAAAAUACCAAUUAGACUAUAUACUGGUAAAGAAAAUGUACAAAGACCAGGUAAAUUCUACCCAGGAGCUGAUAUUGACAGCGAACAUAACCUGGUAAUGAUCAAAUCUGUAUUGAAAUUUAUGAAGUUAAAAAAAACCAAAAUACAAAGGACAUAAGUGGAAUUUGUGUCAACUAAAGCAACCAGACAUAAGAAAAUUAUUCAAAAGGAAAUGCAAAGAAAAACUUGAAACCAAAAGUAAGCCGAGGAUAGAUGAUUGUAGUAAUAUAGAACAUAGAUGGUGUCGCAUAAAAGAAUCUAUUUUCUAGUCUGCAGAAGAUAUAUCUACAAUGACGAAUGUAUUAGAUUUUGAGCGUAUCGAAGGAUGUAUUAAUUUUAUUUUAAUGGGUAAUUUUGUUUUUUUUUUUUGAUUCUGAGUGGAGCGAAGAAGCUUAUAGCUUUACAAAACUGUUAUUUCAUCUUCUUUGGAAAACUUUUCUACAAGAGGUCUAUUUUGAAAUUUACGUGUACUAUGUUUUCUGAAAAAAAAAUCGGUGGGAGGAGAUAUCAUAAGCAGGUCAUUUUCAAUUCUCUCAAUAGUUGUCUCAUAAAAUGCAAAAAACCAAAAAAAACGUAAGAAAUUUAAUUAUAUACGUAUUACGACUUUUUUUUUUGUGGGCAAUUUUUCUAUUACCAAUUUCACUCCAAAAUGUAAUGACUUCGUUUUCGUUCUCGACUGUAGUCAUUCUCAAUUAUACAAGAAAAUUAGGGUUCAGGAUUUUUAUGUCUCCAUUAGUAUUGGUUUUAGCUGCUGCUCAUGGCCAACGACUUCUUCUCGAGUAAAUCGAGUCAUUUUUCAAUUCAAGCUAAACUUUUAUAGUAAUGUGUAAAGAGAAUCGAAGUGAUUUUGAAACUGAUUCCGAUUCUGAUAAUGAUUCAGAAUAAUUAAAAGUAUAUUUUAUAAGUCUUGUUAUUCAAAAUAAAUUGCCUACUGUUAUCUCACUGUUAAGUAAGGCUAUACCAUUAAUAUUCAUAAUUAAGGUUUAUGUUUAAAAAUUAAUAACAAAUUUGGAUUCAGCACCCUUUUAAACGAAUAUUUUGAUGGGAAAUAUUUACGUUUUAUGAAACUCUUCUAUACGCCCUAAUUAAAGGGACUAACAUCAAAUCUGAAAACAAAUUUGGAUUCCGAAUAUUCAUAAAUAUAAUAAUUGAUUUAUUGCAUGACAUUUAGAAGUCAAAUUUAAGAGGAAUUAAUUUUAUGUAAGCUAAUGUACUUAUUUAAAAAUAUAAUAUAAUAUAUAUAUAAUAAAAAAAUUGUUGCUUGGCGAUUUCAAUUGCUACUAUGUAUUAGACCCUUUUAAAUAAUAUUCUAUUUUAUUUAGACGGAUAAGUCAAAAGGCCAAGCGAAUUAAAAAUAUAGGAGCUAAUUAUAACGGUAAAUAUUGAAAAUAAAAUUGUAAAUAAUACCGAUAAAAAUGAACCAUGUGAAGAUAGAGAAAAUUAUAUUGUCGCAACAGUUCUAUGUUUCGUAUGUAAGUUUCUAGCCAAAUUAUUAAAAUUAACAAGUCUAGAACGUCCAUACAUAUCGGUUUAUUUAAACUAUUAUAAAAAUGUAAAAAUUCACAUAGAAUACCUAAGGCCACCAGAAGAUAAAAACAGAAAAAAAAAAUAUAGAUCAUAGAUAAAUUUAUUAGUUGUUCGCUCAAUAAAUAUCAUCGAUCACAUCAUCUACCAUCCAACUAGAAGCAAUGUUAAAUAUUGUGAAAUCGUUUAUAAUUUAAAAUCAAUAUGAUUUUGAUGAACAUGAGGUUAUUAAAGUGAGUAAGACUUGCGUUUUAAUACUUGAAACGCCUAACACAUUCAAUGAAACUGCAUUAUACGUUAAUACUGAUGUCGAAAUUAUGAAUUCUAAAUCAAAAUGGAUAAAAGUAAAAUAGCAAGAACGUAAACGAUUAAUGUGAUACGGCAAAAGAACUUUUUUGCAUAUUGCAAUUAGCCCAACAACCCAUCACAAAUUUCUUUUAAUGACUUCGUUUCCGUUCUCGUCUGUAGUCGUUUUCAAUUUGAACUGAAGAGUAAUACUAUUCUUUAAUAUUUUUUCUAGUUUCGUUCAAUAUCACAUACUGGGUAUAACACCUGGGUGACGUGUGUAGCACAUUUACGUAUACCGCGGUCUCUCACCUGGAUGACUGGGAUAUAAAGGUAAAUCGCUUUUACGUAGUGUACCCUGGGCAAUGUUUUUUUUUUUUUUUUAAACGGUUAAAGAUUUAACAAAACCGACUGCUAUACUGUCUCCAUGACCUUACAGCAAGCAUGAGCAACAACAUCAUCAUUAAUACCAGCAUUAAAUGUCUAUAUUUAUAAUCUUAGUAUACAAAAUAGUAUUUUCCCGGAAAACUUUAAAAUCGCAAUUAUUAAGCCUUUAUUUAAGGGUGGGGACAGGAAAAACAUUAGUAAUUAUAGACCUAUAUCAAUGUUAUUCAACUUUUCCAAAAUAUUUGAGAAAAUAAUCAAAACAAGGCUGAUUUCUUACCUUGAGAAAAACAACCUACUAUCUAAAAACCAAUACGGAUUUCGACCAGGUAUAAGCACUGAAAAUGCCUUAUAUAAUGCAACUCAAUUUUUAUAUGAUUCUUUGGAUAAUGGACUUAAAACGAUUGCUGUUUUUAUAGAUUUAGCAAAGGCUUUUGAUACUAUUCAUCAUAAUAUCCUAUUACGGCUAUUACCGAAUUUUGGAAUAACUAACAAAAGUCUGCGCUGGUUUAAGAGUUAUCUCUCAAAUAGACAACAAAUGGUGAAAUUAAAUGAUGUUAUAAGCAAUGGAACUUUUAUCGAAUACGGUGUCCCGCAAGGUAGUGUUCUAGGUCCCAUUUUGUUCAUACUAUACAUUAAUGCAGUCUGUGAUUUAAAUAUUGAUGGCAAAAUAGUGACUUAUGCAGAUGAUACCUGUCUGUUAUUUUCGGAUAUAUCUUGGGAGGGGGUAAACCUAAAAGCAACGAGAGGUCUAAAUAUAACCUAUAAAUGCAUAAACGAACUGGGUUUAACUAUGAAUUCUGAUAAAACAACUUAUAUGAAGUUAUUAAUAAAUAGGAUUACUAAUGACGAAAUUCCAUUACUAAUUCACAAUUGUAAAAAUCAAUUGACAUGCAAUAUACAGAAUUGUAAGCGUAUUUUUCAAAUCUCAAAAAUUCGUUAUCUGGGUAUUAUUAUCAAUAAUAAUUUGAGAUGGAAUUUUCAUAUUCAAAAUUUAGUAGGGAAACUUCGAUAUUCAUUACAUAGAUAUCAAUCUAUCUGCCAAUAUGGUCUUUUAGUAUGGGGUGGUGUCAAAGAAAAUUUUUUAAAAAUACUUCAAUCCAAUCAAAAUAAUGUAUUAAGAAUUAAAUAA